AUGCGCAGUAAAGACAGCAAACACUUUUUUGGUUGUUUCUUUAUAAUUGGUAUUACUUUCAUAUGGGAUGUAUUAAAUAGUAAAAGAAUAAACGUAUUUUUGAAUAGACAGAAUAAUAUUUGUAGUACUGCAAAAAGUGGAAGCUUAAAUAUAUUCAACAAAAGAGAUAGAGCGUUCAUUGGUAAUCCGCUAAAAAAUGAUGAUACUUUUUUACAAGAAAAGAGAAAGCUUUAUAAAUCCAAACUGAAAGAGAAUAUCAACGAAAAUAGUAGGAAUGGCAGGAAUGGUAGGAAUGGUAGGAAUGAUAGGAAUGGUAGGAAUAAUAAACUAUUAUAUUUGAAUAGAGGGAGGUUGAACUAUUCAAUGAAUAACAGGGGUAUGGAUCAGUGCUACGUGGAAGAGAGAAUAACAGGAAGUACUGUUAACGGGAUUAGUUCAAAAUGGUCUAGUCAUAAUAAUAGCAGUAACAGUAGUGGGUGUACACAUAGCAGAAACAAACAGUUUACUCUUCAUAUGAGCGAUGAAGAGUAUACGAUAAACUCAGAUGACUACACGGAAAAGGCUUGGGAAGCAAUUAGUUCUUUAAAUAAAAUAGGGGAAAAGUAUGACUCAGCAUAUGUAGAAGCAGAAAUGUUAUUACUAGCUCUACUAAAUGAUUCUGCGGAUGGUUUAGCUCAAAGAAUAUUAAAGGAAAGUGGUAUAGAUACAGAAUUAUUAAUACAUGAUAUUGAUGAAUAUUUAAAAAAGCAACCCAAAAUGCCAAGUGGUUUUGGGGAACAGAAAAUUUUGGGAAGAACACUUCAAACAGUUUUAAGUACAAGUAAAAGAUUAAAAAAAGAAUUUAAUGACGAAUAUAUAUCUAUUGAGCAUCUACUAUUAAGUAUAAUUUCGGAAGAUUCAAAAUUUACUAGACCAUGGUUAUUAAAAUAUAAUGUCAAUUAUGAAAAAGUGAAAAAAGCGGUAGAAAAAAUUAGAGGGAAAAAAAAGGUAACAUCUAAAACUCCAGAAAUGACUUAUCAAGCUUUAGAAAAAUAUAGUAGAGACUUAACAGCAUUAGCUAGAGCUGGGAAGUUAGAUCCUGUCAUAGGUCGAGAUAAUGAAAUUAGAAGAGCAAUUCAAAUAUUGUCAAGAAGAACAAAAAAUAAUCCUAUAUUGUUAGGUGAUCCAGGUGUUGGUAAAACUGCUAUAGUUGAAGGUCUAGCUAUAAAAAUAGUUCAAGGAGAUGUACCUGAUUCUUUGAAAGGAAGAAAAUUAGUUUCUCUAGAUAUGUCAUCGCUUAUAGCUGGUGCAAAAUAUAGAGGAGAUUUUGAAGAACGAUUAAAAUCCAUUUUAAAAGAAGUGCAAGAUGCUGAAGGACAAGUUGUUAUGUUUAUUGAUGAAAUACAUACUGUUGUAGGAGCUGGAGCAGUUGCAGAAGGUGCUCUAGAUGCAGGGAAUAUUUUAAAGCCAAUGUUAGCUAGAGGAGAGUUAAGAUGUAUUGGUGCUACUACUGUUAGUGAAUAUAGACAAUUUAUAGAAAAAGACAAAGCACUCGAAAGAAGAUUUCAACAAAUACUUGUAGAACAACCAAAUGUAGAUGAAACUAUUAGUAUAUUAAGAGGAUUAAAAGAAAGAUAUGAAGUUCAUCAUGGAGUACGGAUACUAGAUUCUGCACUUAUACAAGCUGCUGUAUUAUCUGAUCGUUAUAUAAGCUAUAGGUUCUUACCUGACAAAGCAAUUGAUCUUAUAGAUGAGGCAGCCUCCAAUUUGAAAAUACAACUAUCAAGCAAACCGAUACAACUGGAUAAUAUUGAAAAGCAGUUAAUACAAUUAGAGAUGGAAAAAAUUUCAAUAUUAGGGGAUAAGCAGAGGAACAUGUUCAACUACUCCGACACGACCACCAUCAGGGGGACCACCGCGGGAAGCAGCGUUAGUAGCGAUGCUAGUAGUGGUUCGAGUGAUGAUGGGGGCAGCCCAUUUGACUAUUCUCAAAGCCCAAAUUUCUUAAAAAAGCGAAUCAACGAAAAGGAAAUUAAUAGGUUGAAGAUGAUAGACAGAAUCAUGAGUGAACUAAGAAAGGAGCAAAAGAAAAUUUUAGAUUCUUGGAGUAGUGAAAAAAGUUACGUAGAUAACAUACGAGCAAUAAAAGAAAGAAUAGAUGUAGUAAAAAUAGAAAUAGAAAAGGCAGAACGAUAUUUUGAUUUAAAUAGAGCAGCAGAAUUAAGAUUUGAAACAUUACCUGACUUAGAAAAACAAUUGAAAAAAGCAGAAGAGAAUUAUCUAAACGAUAUACCAGAAAAAAAUAGAAUACUUAAGGACGAAGUGACAAGUGAAGAUAUUAUGAACAUUGUUAGUAUAUCUACUGGUAUACGAUUAAAUAAAUUAUUAAAAUCUGAGAAGGAAAAAAUUAUAAAUCUAGAACAAGAAUUACAUAAACAAAUUAUUGGACAAGAUGAUGCUGUUAGGAUUGUAGCAAAAGCAGUUCAAAGAUCUAGAGUUGGUAUGAAUAAUCCUAAAAAACCAAUUGCAUCUUUAAUGUUUUUAGGUCCAACAGGUGUAGGAAAGACAGAGCUAUCAAAAGUUUUAGCCGAUGUUUUAUUUGAUACACCAGAAGCGGUAAUACAUUUUGACAUGUCCGAAUAUAUGGAAAAACAUUCUAUUAGUAAAUUAAUAGGAGCAGCUCCAGGUUAUGUAGGAUAUGAACAAGGUGGGCUCUUAACAGAUGCUGUUCGAAAGAAACCAUAUUCAAUUAUUCUUUUUGAUGAAAUUGAAAAAGCACAUCCAGAUGUUUAUAAUUUAUUACUUCGUGUUAUAGAUGAAGGCAAAUUAUCAGACACUAAGGGCAAUGUAGCAAAUUUUAGAAAUACCAUUAUUAUUUUUACAUCGAACUUAGGUAGUCAAAGUAUUUUAGAAUUGGCUAAUGAUCCAAAUAAAAAGGAAAAAAUUAAAGAACAGGUUAUGAAGUCAGUCAGAGAAACAUUCAGACCAGAAUUCUACAAUCGAAUUGAUGAUCAUGUUAUAUUUGACAGUUUAUCAAAAAAAGAAUUAAAAGAAAUUGCAAAUAUAGAAAUUAAAAAAGUAGCUAAUAGGUUAUUUGAUAAAAAUUUUAAAAUUACUAUUGAUGAUGCAGUCUUUUCUUAUAUAGUUGACAAAGCAUAUGACCCCUCCUUCGGUGCAAGACCGUUAAAAAGAGUUAUCCAAUCAGAAAUUGAAACUGAAAUUGCCAUCAGAAUUCUUAAUGAAACUUUCGUUGAGAACGAUAUUAUUCAUGUGUCUCUAAAGGAUCAAAAAUUGCACUUCACAAAGGGUUAG